AUGUGGCCUCCGCCUGAGAAUUGGACCCUUGUAACAGAGUUUGUCAUGGUGGGCUUCACAGGCACCCAUGAGGGGCGCUUUCCUCUCUUUGGCUUCUUCCUGGCUAUCUACUUGCUGACCCUGACAGAGAAUAGCAUCCUGGUCCUAGCUGUGGCAAUGGAAAAGCGCUUGCACACACCCAUGUACUUUUUCCUUAUUCACCUUUCAUGCUUGGACAUCUGGUACACCACACUCACUGUGCCCAAGAUGCUGGCUGGCUUUGGGUCCCCUGGCGGCAGGAUUAUCUCCUAUUCUGCUUGCUUGACUCAGCUUUAUCUCUUCACCUUCUUGGGCAGCACUGAGUGCUUCCUUCUAGCAGCCAUGGCUUAUGACCGCUAUGUGGCAAUCUGUGUGCCUCUGCGGUACCAAGCGAUGGUAGGUCGGGACACUUGCCUGUUGUUGGCUGCGGGCUCGUGGUUAGCUGGGUUUCUCACUCCAGCACUGCCUGUCUAUUUCAUGUCACAACUGACUUUUUGUGGCCCCAAUGUGAUAGACCACUUCUUCUGUGAUGCCUCCCCACUCCUUGUUCUCUCAUGCACUGAUGUUUCCCUGAAGGAGAUGGUUGAUUUCUUGGUCUCGCUAGUUGUACUUGUGAUUUCCUCCUUUGUCACUGUAGUGUCAUAUGUCCGCAUUAUCACCACAGUGCUGCAAAUUCACUCCUUGGUAGGGCGCCGCCGUGCCUUUUCUACCUGUACUGCCCACCUGACUGUGGUGUCCAUCUUCUAUGGAACCCUUUUUUUCAUGUAUGUCCGUACUAAGGUUGCCUCCUCUAUCAACCUGAACAAGGUGGUGUCAGUCUUUUAUGCAAUAGUCACCCCUGUGCUCAACCCCCUAAUCUAUAGCCUGAGGAAUACAGAAGUGAAGGGUGCCUUAUAUAGGGUUAUUUCCAAGAGAAAGCAGAUUGUAAAGUGA